AUGUCCGACUCAAUCUCAGGCGAGAGCCGUAAAAUCCGAUGGUCCAAACUUCUUUACGUUGGAUCGAACUAUGACAAGUGGUGGGCACAUCUCAUUGCCGCCGCCAAUACAGAAUACAAGGACGACAUUGAAGGUGUUCUACGUUACAAACACAUCAAACUAGAAAUUCUUGCCAAACAACUUAGCACUCCAAUUCAUCAACGUACGCCCGCUGCUGAUACUGCUAAGAUCGAAGGCAUCAUUCGUUUUCGCCGAGAAACCAAGACAAAGGGUACCUAUCUUUUGGCCAAACUCUCGGAAGACCCCUGGGCUCUACUCAUCUACCUUCGUCGUGCCUUCGAGCACAACUCCAUCACCAUCAACAAUUCCAUCUCGUUCGACUUUCUGAAAUCCUUCUCCCGCACCGACGAUGACACACUUCGCACCUGGUGCAAGAGUGUCACCUCAAUUGCUACCAUGGCCUCCAAACAAAACACGAUUUUUCUCGCUGUUUUUGUUCAAAACAUGCGCAUCUCCGGACUCAGUGCAGCAGAUAAGGACGCCGUUCGCCAAUACUUUCAUGAUGUCCCCAACCGUGAUGAUAUCUCCCCCCUCUUACUUUGUGAACGCCUGGAACGCUGGAAUAAGGUCGCCCCCGGGGUACACGACGCUCCGUUCCCUAUGGUUGCUGCGGCAUCCACAACAUCUGCUAUGAAGUCCCCUCAGUCUGUUGAAUCUAUAAUCCAAGGCCUCACUAAACGUCUCGACGCCAUGGGAGCCUCUCGCAACUCCCCUCGUCCUCCGACCCCCUGCUUUGUGUGUUUCCAAAGCGGCCAUCGCUCCUCUGCCUGUACCAAGACCUGCAGUAAAACCCACACCGGUAUCGAUGGUAAGAUAGCAUGA